AAUGACAAAUGUCACAUGUUGGUGUUUCUUUUGAAAUGUUAUCAUUAUAAAAAAUUUGCAUUUUUCUAAUAUCAGAUUAUAGGAUUCCAGUUCAAUAGUAGACAGUGUUGACACAGCUGUCGACUGUAGAACUAUCAUUAUGGUCUCGAAAAAUACAACACAACUUUUGAAACAGUUACGAGGUUUCAUGCAAAACAGCAAAUAUGUGUCGGAGCCUUUAAGUGCCUACAUAGUGCCAUCUAAGGAUGCCCACAAUAGUGAAUAUCUAUCAGAAUGUGAUAUGUUCAGGGCAUUCAUCUCAGGUUUUGAUGGUUCAGCCGGAACAGCGAUCAUAACUGAAAAAGAUGCUUUUUUGUGGACUGAUGGGAGAUACUUUCUACAAGCUAGUCAACAGCUUGAUUCAAAUUGGACUCUCAUGAAAGAAGGAUUGCCUAGUACCCCAUCGCAAGGAGAUUGGUUGGCUAAAAAUUUACCCAGAGGUUCCAAAAUAGGAGUCGACCCGAAGGUUUAUCCCCUUCGUGACUAUACUCCACUGCAAAAUAAAUUGGAGUUAGCUGGACAUAAACUAGUACCAAUUUCUGUCAAUUUAGUAGACCUAUUAUGGGCCGACCGACCCUCCCGACCAACAAAUCCAGUAAUACCUCUGCCUCUCAAUUACAGCGGCAAAUCUGUAGGACGAAAGCUGAAAGACGUCAACGAAAAAAUGAAGGAGAAGUAUGUAGAACACUUGGUUCUCACAGCUCUCGACGAAAUAGCUUGGUUCUUGAAUUUGCGAGGAUCCGAUAUUGCAUACAAUCCUGUCUUCUUUUCCUAUGUCAUAAUAUCUGAAAAUUCUUUCAAGGUAUUUUUGAACGAGAAACAGGCCACAGAUAGUGUGAGAGACCACUUGAUUUCCGAAGCUGGCGAUGUAUUCCACAUAGAAAAAUAUGAUCAGAUUGAAGAAUACCUGAAACAGUUGUCAAAUAAAGUAGAAGGCUACAUUUGGUUCUCGGAGUUCGCAAGUUUUGCUCUGACUAGUUUGAUACCUAGCAAACACCUGUUGCUGACAGAUAUCACUCCAGUUUGCUAUAUGAAAGGCGUUAAAAAUGAAGUGGAAGUCAAAGGAAUGCGUAAUGCACAUAUCAAAGAUGCGGUAGCGUUAUGUUGCUACUUCUCCUGGCUAGAGAAGAACGUCAGAACUUCCAAAAUAACCGAGAUCUCAGGUUCCGAAAAACUACUGGAGUUCAGGAAAAUGCAAAAAGAUUUUGUUGGCCCCAGUUUUCCUACCAUAAGCUCGGUAGGACCACAUGGGGCCAUAAUCCACUACACUCCAAACGAAAGUACUGAUGCACAGAUAACUCCUGACCAGAUGUAUCUGUGUGAUUCGGGUGCUCAGUUUCUUGAUGGUACCACUGAUGUUACAAGAACUUUGCAUUUUGGAAAUCCCACUCCAUUCGAAAUGGAGUGCUACACUAGGGUUCUGAAAGGCCAACUCAAAUUGGGAACAAGGAUUUUUCCAUCUAAAAUUAGAGGUAAUUACCUUGAUUCGUUCGCUAGAGAAUUCCUAUGGGAGGUCGGACUGGAUUAUGUCCAUGGCACUGGUCACGGCAUAGGCUCUUACCUGAAUGUGCAUGAGGGACCAAUGGCUAUCUCUUGGAGGCAAGUAAACGAAGAUCCUGGCCUCGAGCCUGGAAUGUUCAUUUCCAACGAACCCGGAUACUAUCAGGACGGAGAAUUUGGAUUGCGCAUAGAAGACAUUAUUGAAGUUGUGGAAGCCCAGCCACCUCAUAACUUCAACAAUCGUGGAUACUUGACAUUCAACACGAUAACUUUGGUUCCCAAAAUGAACAAGCUCAUAGUGAUUGAUAUGCUAACAGAUACCGAGAUCAAAUGUUUGAAUGAAUAUCACCAGAAGUGUAGAAAUAUUGUUGGGCCGAUAUUGGAGCAGCAAGGACAAACAGAAGCUUUGGAGUGGUUGAUUAGGGAAACACAGCCCCUGUCCAGAUGAGUUGAUUCAAUCGUGAUAAAAUUGUUACAUGCCGUUGAUGGCAUUCAAAUAUUUAUCAGUACUUUUUAGUUUGCUCUGAAGAUAUAAAAUAUAUAAAUACAGUGUUA